AUGCCGCAGCAAAUUGUGCUGCAUGUCGAUGCUGAUGCGUUCUUCUGCCAGGUUGAGGUGCUGCGCGACCCAAGUUUGGUGGGGAAGCCCCUGGCCAUCCUGCAGCAGUACGACGUCAUCAGCGUCGACCAUCAAGCAAGACGGCUGGGGGUGCAGAAGCACAUGGUGCCUGCCCAGGCAAGGGCGAUAUUGGAGCGCAACGGCGGCCGGUUGGUGCACGUCUUCUUGGAGGGCGGGAACAGGGUGUCCUACAGGCCGUACCGCGAGGCAUCGGGCGCCCUGAUGCGCCUGCUGCGGCGCUUCGUCAACGCGGCCGUCGUCGAGAAGGCCAGCAUCGAUGAAGCAUACGUGCUGUGCCAAGCGCCCGCAGGGAUGCCCGCCGGCGGCGGCGGCGGCGGCGGCGGGCGGGGCGCGGGGGAGGAAGGUGAGGAGGCGGAGGCGUGGGACCUGUCCCCGGGCAUCCGGCUGGGCAGCGCGAUCCGGGACGCCAGCCGCGCGGAACUGGGCCUGGUGCUGAGCGUGGGCGUCGCCACUAACAAGCUCCUGGCGAAGCUGGCCAGCCGCGCGGCCAAGCCCGACGGCCUGUUUGCGCUGGAGACGGCGGCUGCGGUGCGGCGGCUGCUUCAACAGACGUCGGUGGCGAGCCUGCCUGGUCUGGGCGGCCAGGUGGCGGGCGCGCUCGAGAAGGCAGGCCUGAAGGUUGCCACUGACUUAGCAAGGUGCAGAUGA